GAAUUUUUAGCGCGACUUCAAUGGUCGUCUUGACGAUAUUUAUUUAUUUUGUGAGGAUUUCUGAUAGAUCGUGGAAAAAAUAGCUCAGUGUAUAUUUGUGAUAGUUCCAAGUUUCAUUUCUGACUAUGGCUUGUGUGAACAAGUGUUGCAAAUCAUAUUCAGGAAGAAAAGAAAACACGCAAGAGGUUAUAUCAUUUCAUCGAUUUCCGAAGAAGACCGGAAACACGAAGUUCAAGGUGCGAUGCUCGCGGUUCCUUUACUCCCAAGACUCCACCAAAAAGAAGGCCAAGAAGCUGAAAUGGAGCAGGCCCCCAGAUGUCUACCUUUGACAAUUGUACAUAAUCGUAUUAUAUUAGAUCAAAUAUUGAAACGGGGCCUUCCCACACCCGGCUCGGGAAAACUGGUGGGAAAGCCUCGAUCAUCAUAAUAAAUCUAAACUUAAUAAACCUUGCAGACUUGCUCUGCCAAAAAACUUAAUAACGAACCGAAACAAGGUGCUACUGGUGAUUCUCCUCAAGGUUUCAGAUUCUAGAUGGAAAUGGAAUAAAACG